UUACUAGACGUUGAAAUUUACAUCAACACUACCUAAUAUGUAAAUUUUUAGUAUUUUUAAUACAUGCAUUUUUUUAAUAAAAGCUUAAAUACAAAAAUGGCUGUUACCAAUGCAAUGUUUCUUUUUGAAGUGGUUGUAGAAAGUGUCAAAAGUUUAGUAGAGAGUCGACAUUUAAUCAUAAGAAGUGAUUUUGCAGAUAUAUUCUCAUUAGAAUUGAAAGACCCCAAACAAAUUCAUAUUGUUAUGCCCGAACCUCCUCCAUUACCACCGGAGCCGGUUGGUAAGAAAGGAAAGAAAAAGAAACCACCUAAACCAAAAAAAGGGAAAAAAGGCAAAGUGGAAGAACCACCACCUGAACCAGUAAUUCAAUCAGGACAGUCAGUUUUGUUUACUAGUAGUGCAGAAUUCCUUAUUCAGAAUAUGAACAAAUUCCCAUUGGAAGUGUCUUUGUGGAGUAAAGAAGAUAUUUUUGUCUUCAUUGGAUCCACAAGGAUUCCGUGGGAUAACGUAUUUUUAAAAUAUUUGGAAAAUAUUUGCGACUGCCAAGAACCUUUACCUGUUACCUUAAAUGAAGAGUAUAAUGUUUUCGAAGAAGGUACGGCAAAGUUAAUGGCAAAAAUAGGUCUACAGGUUAAGCUUACCUAUUUAACUGAUAAAGUAACAACAUCAUUUCGUACACUCUCUGAAGAUCCUACAGUUAAGAAAUGUUUAUACACUGGCAUUAAUUCUAAAACAACUUCUUAUAUUUGUACCAUGAAAACAACGGAUAAAGACUUCGAAGAAAAUUGUAACAAAAUCGAAAACAACUUUGUUAUAGAUAAAACAAGGCCAAAUAAAAUAAUUUAUGCAGAUUACAAAAACGCUCCCGGUGCUAAUCUCUCAUUAAUCAAUGAAGGAGAUUAUUGUUGCAUGGGCAAUGCAGACAAACCGCCACAAUCUAUUUAUAAAGCACCAGAGAUGUGCCCUGAUAUUGAUCAUAUUAUUGAUUACGUUCGAAAAAUUAUUGUCUCCUGUAAUGACAAUAUGAGAAUGCUAACACCUCGACCAACUAUUAGCCCUAGAUAUAAGGCUACUGAUAUUGAUAAGCUUUGUUACUGUAAAGAGUCUAACUGGCCUACAGGUAAAUUAGCAGAAAGGUUUAGAAAAGAAGUGCAGGGCGAUCCUUGUCUUGUUUGUAUAAAUGUUGGAAAGAAAUCAGAAGAUUCUCGAGGAGGAACGUUUGAUAUAGCUAACAUAAGAGGUCCUUGUGGUAGAGCGGAUUGCAAAAUAGCGAUAGAAAUGAGAGCUUAUUUAGAAAAUCUAGUUGAAGAAGAUAAUAAGGAAUUUAAUAUUGAAGAUGUAAUAGGACCUUGUGGUAGCAAAUCUUGCAAUCUCGCUGAGAAAAUUAAAGAAUUUUUACGUCAUGAAGGCGUAUUUAGCCAAGGAAGUAAUAUUGAAGGUCUGUCUACUCAAUGUGCUUGCGUAAAUAAAAUGCAAAUGGCUUUGACUAAACGAAACUCUUGUUCAUCCGUAUGUAGUAAAGAUUGCGAUGACAGUGGUAGUGAAGCCAGCCCAUGCGAGGGAAAGGACUGUCCUUUUAACAAGCAACCACAGGUAUACAAUGUUUACUAUUUCACUGUAGAACACGAAUAUGACAAACAAAAUAGUCCCACAUCUACACCAGUAUCGGGUAAAUCUUCAAUAUUUAAAUAUUGCUCAACAGACUGCCCCAGUAUGAAGGCUUCUGACGUUACAUCGUGUUCCAAAACCGCUUGUACUAGUGUGACGAGCAAAAAUGAUCAUGAACGCUCUGACAAUUCAAAAUGUCAAGAACCUGCAUGCCCAAACAAGCAGCACUUGCCUCCAAGCCCUGCGGACAGUGAUAUUAUUGUACAUUUUGACGAUAUUCAUAAUACAUGUUGCAUCAAAUCAUGCGAUGUAGCUGAUAAAGUAAAACAUUUCAUAUCAGAUGGUAUCAGUAGUAAUAAAAAUAAGACCGGGCAAGAUGAUGAUCCGUGUUACUGUGAUUGCACAUGUAAUUUUAAAUUUUCAAAGAAAACCACCUAUUGUGCCGUUUGUGGUGGUUUCGAAUGCCUAGGAGAUGAAAUGAGAGAUCAGCCCGUAUAUACUAAGCCUCAUCCAUGUCCAGUGUACCACAAGUUAUAUGACAAGAAAUAUAUAAAUGUCCCAAGUCCAUUUCCGGAGGAAGAAAAGUCCAAGCAACAAGCUGAUAACAUGAGUGUUAAAAGUUCAAAAACAGUCGCCUCCCGUAUAGCUGCAGUGGACCGAAAGCUAACACCAAGUCGUUCUAUAAAAAGUAUACCCGACAGAAAGUCUGAGAAAAAAGAGACAAGAGAGAAGAUUACUAAGAAAGUAAAGCAAGAAAAAAAGAAAGUCGGAAAAUUUACAGCCAAUGUUGAAGAAGCACCUCUACCGGCCGUAGAAAAAAAGCCUGUAAUUAAAUACCCAUAUCCUCCAGUUCCUAAAUAUAUGGGCUGGAAUUGGAUUGCUGACGAUAUACCUGGAAUGAAGCCUCGACCAAAAUGGAAACCCGGUGCAGCUAACAAAAUUUUAGUAAGACGAUAUAGAGCUAUGAGAGAAGGUAUCGAUAUUAUUGCCAAGAAAAAACGAGCAAUGAUGCAGCGCAAAAAAAAGAUAGAAAUGAAACCAACUUUGGUUGUGAAAAAACAGAAUGGAGAGUAUACAGUGCAGAUGGAGGUAUUUAAAAAAUAUUCAAAGGAACGAUUAUUGUUUCAAUACCCUUAUGACGAAAAACCACCUUUAAUAUAUACAGUCGGUAAAACGGAAGCAGAAAAGCUUAAAGUACAAAAGCAGCACGAAAGAAGAGAACGUAGAGAAACAAGGCGUAAAAGCAGACUUCUACAAUCUAGUUUUCGAGAUAAAUGUCAGGAGAUUUGUUUAAAGGCAUAUAACCAAGCUAUUGGACUACUCCCGUUACCGAAUGCUAACGAUCCCGAAUGUCCUUGUUAUACGGAACCUGUGAAAAAUAUUAGCCCUCCUGUAGAUUCAUGUUCUUGUUCCGAAGAAGGAACUAUUUCUAGCAGCGACACCGAUGGCGAUGAAUGGACUAUAGAGUUUACACCUCCAGCCGCUAGAUGGGAUGUGAAAGCCAAACACCCACCAACGUUAACAGAAAACGAGAGUCAGUAUUCUUAUUUAGAUUACAAAGUUAAACUCUUUGAUAGGUAUGGAAAUCCUGUUCCUCGAUAUUUUAAAGGUCCCGAUGGUAAACAGGAAUGCAGUGACCUAGGCGGAUUUUGGGGUCCUGAUCAUAUUUGGAUGGAAAUCAAUAAGGACGGUUAUAUUGGUCCGGACGAUCGUUGGAUACCAAUUAAUUUUAUUGGACCAGAUGGUAUGUUUUAUUCGGCUGAAGAGGGAUCUUUUACUGAUAAUAGUGGAAAGUUGCUGAAGAUAGGCAUCGACGGUUACGUGGAUAAAGAUGGUAAAUGGGCAUGGUAUACCAAGAGAAAGUCACCAAAAGAUGGUAAAUCUAACGUAUCAGGUUCGACAACAGAUACGAAGAAAUCUAGUAAAUCUGCUUAUAAGCAGGAGCCAACAACAAAAAAUAUACCGAAAAGUACGCCAACCGGUAUAAGUACUCCUCAAAAAAGAAAAGGGGAUAAUAAAGGUAUGGUAUUGCCGGUGGCAGCAACGAAAAGCGGAGCUGAUAAAAUAAACAAAACCGUACCUUAUUCAUCUGCCAAAGCGAAGAAUCCUGUUGUGAUGAGCGUUUCAGUUAAUUACAACAGGAAUAUGAUACAUACAGAUAAAAUGAAAUAUACAGAUAAAAUGAAACAGUUAGAUCCAAAAAAGAUCGCAAAAUAUCGUGAAAUAAUGCAAGGAUUGGAAAUGUAUGAUGAUUUGAAAGAAUUUAGAGCACCUAUAAAGACAAACAGAGCUUCCAAUACACCAAAAAAGAUGUUAUCACCGUAUAGCCUGAGCGGCACUAAAAAUACUCAGCCUUUGACUACUAUUCCAUCUUCUGCUAAUAAAACAAUGACGUCUAUAUCGGAAAUUAAAGAGUAA